CUUUCCUUGCCUUAUUACCGUGUGUUUCAGAUGGAUAGAAGCGUGAAACUGACUUAUUUCGGUGUGCGGGGGAAGGGGGAAAUUAUUCGUUUACUCCUUCAUGUUGGAAAGGUUGAUUUUGUUGAUGAAAGAAUUACAAAAGAAGAUUGGCCUGAACUAAAACCCUCUAUGCUGUUCGGACAAGUUCCACGUCUGAUAUGGGACGGUCAGGAGCUCUACCAAUCUAAUUCAAUAGUUAGAUUUGUCGCCCAGAAGGUGUGGCUGGUUGGGAAGACUGAAGAUGAUUUUACUAAAGCAGAUAUGCUUCUAGAACACUCAGCAGACUUCUUUAAAGAAUUGAGAGGAUUGAGGUUUGCUGAAGCUGACUCCAAGCAGACCUUGGUAGACCAAUUUCUUCAGAAGUUUUUGCCUGGUUGGUUAGAAGGUGCUGAGAAAGCUUUAAAAUUGGGUGGUGGAGAAUUCUAUGUCGGAAAUCAGUUGACCUUUGCUGAUAUUGCUGUUUAUACAAUGCUAUCCUUCCUCAUGUGGGAGGAGGAAAAGGGAUUUCAGAAUGUGAACGCAGAGGAUAGAUUUCUCAUCAUGGAUAAGUAUCCUAUGGUAAAGAGGAACUAUCUAGCUGUACAAAGUAUCCCGGAGGUUAAGAAGUAUGAAGAAUCAAGACCGGAUUCUUUUAUGCCUGGAAUGUGAAAAGCUUGAAACAAAAUAUGGAUUUUAAUUCGUAUUUUAUUAUCUUAACUGUUAAAAUUAUGAAAUAAAGUGAUGUUAAGAUCAA